UCCCUGCCCGAAAAGCCGCUAGAAGGUGACGCAGGACGUCGUCUGCUGUUUCGGCUGGUGCAUGUUAUCAUGUUUCAGACGUGCCUGCAUUUAUGAGUUGCUCUGAAAAUUAACGAACAUACGCAAACACACGACACGAUAUAAACACGAUGCAGGAUCGAUGGCAGGGCAAGCCUCCACGUAGUAGUUAAUGACGCCGGUAGCUCUUGUGCCGUCUCUUUAUAGCUAGUUUCACAUAAACCAAAGCUGGGACUAACCCAUUUUCCUCAUUUACGAUGGCAAUGAAGAUAGACUACUUAAUUUACGCAGUUGCAGCUAUUCAUCUCUUAUGUUGCCCAUAUACAAAAGUUGAGGAGAGUUUUAAUCUUCAAGCAAUGCAUGAUAUUCUCUACCAUGGCCUUAAUCUUACACAGUACGACCAUUUGGAAUUUCCCGGAGUUGUUCCUCGGACAUUUUUAGGACCAAUGUUCGUUUGCUCCUUAUCUUCUCCAAUAUUUUUUGUACUUCAACUGCUUGGCUGCAGCAAAAUAUGGACUCAGUACCUUGUCCGUGCUGUGUUGGGUCUUUGCGUUUUGGGAUCCUUUCAUGUUUUCCGCAAAGCAGUGGAGUUCGUCUUUGGAGCUCAAGUAGCCAUUUGGUUUCUCACUAUAACUUUGACUCAGUAUCAUUUUAUGUUCUAUCUGAGCAGGCCACUACCAAACAUAUUCGCAUUACCAUUAGUGCUUUUGGCUUUGACUGGAUGGCUCCGACGGCGUUAUUCCCUCUUCAUAAUUGCAUCAGCUGCAGCCAUAAUCAUUUUUAGAGGAGAAUUGGCUCUACUGUUUGGCCUCAUUCUACUUCUUGAGCUAAUUUCUCGUCACAUAACUAUUCCCAAACUCUUUAGAGUUGCUGCUCCAGCUGGUGUCAUUUUCUUGAUGCUUACUGUUCUGAUUGACUCUGUGUACUGGGGUAGACUGCUCUGGCCAGAAGGCGAGGUCUUAUGGUUUAAUGUGAUUCAGAAUCGCAGUCAUGAGUAUGGAACUUCUCCAUUUUUGUGGUACUUUUAUUCAGCGUUGCCAAGAGGUUUAGGUGCUUCAUUUCUCCUAGUCCCGCUAGGAGCUAUCAUGGAUUUCAGAGUUAGAAGAGUUUUACUGCCAGCAGUUCUAUUUGUCCUACUAUACUCUUUGCUUCCUCACAAAGAGCUCCGCUUCAUCAUUUAUAUUUUUCCACUACUGAAUGUUGUGGCAGCAGCAGCUUGCAGUAGACUUUGGGAAGCAAGAGCACAAAGCCCAUUGCAUUCUAUCUUUGCUCUUGGGGCUGUUGGGCAUCUUUUACUGAAUAGUUUAUUUUCCGUCCUCCUCCUUUGUAUUGCUACCCAAAACUAUCCGGGAGGAUUUGCCCUGGCUCACCUUCAUCGAACAGAACAAACAGAAAACAAAGUCAAUGUUUACAUUGACAACCUAGCUGCUCAAACUGGUGUCUCUAGAUUUACACAGGAGAAUAUGUUGUGGAUGUAUAAUAAGACUGAACAUCUAAGAAAUGGAAGCCCAGAAAUGUUCACUUUUUCACAUUUGCUGCUGGAAGCCCGCAGCAAGUACUCUCCCAAUCUCAAACCUUACUCAAGGACACAUGAUAUAAUUGAUGUUGUUGAAGCUUUUUCUCAUAUCAGCUUCAACUACAAUUCUUUCUUACCUAUUCGAAUCAAAACUAAGCCAGCUCUCUUUACCCUGAGAAGGAAGAAGGCCUUUGCACAAUUGUUUGAAGCAGCCUUUGCUAAGGAAGAAAUUGAAGAGGCAGCCUUUCCUGAAGAGGACAUUGAAGAAGCACCCUUUGCUGAGGAGGGACUUGAAGGAGCAGCAUUUGAAUCUCAAUUUCCACAUGAACCUAAUACUAAAACGGAUGAGUCUUUAAAAAGUGAUGAGAUCGACAAUGUUGCUGAUAUUGAAGAAGUGGGCAAGGUAGAUGAAGAUGGUUACAUGGAGCAGUAUGCAGCUCUCAAACCUGAGGAAGAAAUUGAGAGGGAAUUGGAAAAUCAGAUUUCUUUUACUGACGAUGUUGAAGAACUCGACAAAGCGGAGCAGUAUGCAGCUAUUAAACCUGAGGAAGAAACGGAAAGGGCAUUGGAAAAUCAGAUUUUGCCUACUGACAAAAAUGACAAGACAAAGAAAAGGGCUGGUAUUUCUAAAUCAAAGCACAUAGGAAAGAAGAAGAAACGUGAAACGAAAGUUGAUGCUGAGAGUAAUAAGAAGUCACUAAAGCUGUCUGAUGAUGCAGAUGCAGGUUUUGCUUUGCUUGAGGAAGAGUCCAAGUUAUUGGAUUUGGAGGAGGAAAGAUUAUUAGAAGACAUUUACUUGAGCUCUGCUGAUCUGAGUGAACCAUUAGAUAAUAAGUCUUUGGAAGAAAAUGUUGAAACAGUCACUGUUCAAGACCAAAGCCAAUAUGAAGUCAAUGUGAAGGAGAAAAUUAAAGCAUUAAUACGUGAAGAGAAAGAAGAAGAAGAGCGUGUCAGAAAAAAAUUAAAACCUAUGAAAGGCAAGCUAGAAAUACUGCUGGCUGAGAAGAAAAAUGCUAAAAUACGACAGGGUCUGAUGAAGAGUACAGACUGCUCAGAUUGUCAAGAGGAGAAUGAGAUUAACCAAUCUCCAUCUUCCCAACCUUUGGAAGUUCAAAAAGAUGGUGGAGAAAUAUUGAGAAAUGAACUGAAGGAUGAAGAUGAACUCCUUCCACCAGUUGUUGAAACAAAUAUAGAAACUGAGGUGAAUGAUGAUGAUGGUAUUGCAAUGGAAAAAAUUGGGAAGGACAGUGAUAAAAUCAGAUUUACAGAUUUUUCCACUCAAUUGCCCAAAGAUACCAAAUCCCCAGUUGCAGGUGUCACACCUCAUGUGUCAUCAACAAGUCAGUUAUUAAUAUUAGAUAUGAAAGUAACUACGCAAAUACCUCUUACGCAAACUCUUGCACCUGUUGCCAUAAUUGAUGAAAAAACUAUCACCCCAGCUAUGAAAGAACCUGAAGUGAUUUCCCAGUCCUUACUCUCAACCCAGGAAGCUCCCGAAAUUACCACAAAGUUGCCAAAUAAUGCAGCCAGUUCUGAAAAGCAUAUUGUGUCGGAUGAGAUGCUAGGACCAACUCCUAUGCUGGUUUCUUCAGCUGUGACCAAAUCUCCCAUUCCAUCACCAGCAGCUGCUCCAGCUGCUCUUUUUCCAACUGACACACUAUCAUCCGUCAAGAGUGUUCUAUUACAAGAGAAACAAUUGGAUACCUUACUGACUGAGGAACCCAAGGAUUUUGGUACUGUUCCUCCUGAACUUGGCCUUGAGGAACAAAGUGACCAGGCAAAACCUGUCCAGUCAGCAACAUUGGAUUCGAAUCAGUACUCAGAAAUUCAUGACAAGGAAUUGGAUUUUACCAAAGAGACCUAUCAAAAUACUAUUGUGGCGGCGUCUGUUACACAUGACCAAGAAAAAGAGAAACCAACCCUAAAUGCAGGCUCUGAACAUUUUAAGGAACAAGGUGCACCGCAAGUACAGAUGGAGAUAACGGAGUGAUGGAGUCUACUCAAUUUUACUAGUUGGUAAACCAAUAGUGUCCUGGAUCUCACCAGUUUAUAAUUUUAAACACUAUAAAUUAUAAAAUUUAAAAUAAAAAAAAAAAACGUACUGAAGAGUGCCAAUGAGACAGAGAAGAUCUGGAAUCUAAGAAUGAAGGAAUGAAGAAAAACAAGUUAUUGCUGUGAUAGGUAGUUAAUAAAUAAUGAUGUUAGUUAUUAGCAAUGCUGCCGCUGAUAUGCCAAUUUUAACUUAAGGAACUUGUUUUGCAAUGAAUAGGAUAGCUCAAGGAUUUGAUCAGUUAUAAGCAAUACUGAGCACACAAAUUGGAAGUGUACACCAUUUUGACAUUACUGCUUUUGGCAAACUUGCUUGUAAUAUAAGUUAUUACCCUUUCACUCUGACAACUUCAUUUGUUUGGUGUUUGCUGAUUUAUUACAAAUUUCAGUUUUGAUCUCUGCAAUGUAUGAUGUUUAUGACCACAACUGUAACUUAUUGUUGCUGAGGUCAUGUGAUGUGGUUCGGUUUUUAUAUUCAAGUAAUGAUAUAAACCAUGAGAGCAGGGCUGCUUUGCUUUGCUUUCAAAUGUUCAGACGCUGCUACAUUUCUUUUGUUUGUGUGGUUUUACUUUUCAAAUGAACCAAGACUGAGGACUGACAUCCUUUAACAUGUGUGCCUUUUUGUGGAAAUGUGUUAUUAAAGACAAUUAACACAUUAAA